CUGAUGCUGUCAGCAUUACAAAUAUUCUCCUAGCUUGCAUCCAGUUGAGUUCAGUACAACUUGUGAGAGAAUGUCAUGCCUACAUGCUCAGAGCAUCCCUAGAAGACAUUCAUCUUGAAGGAGCUCUUCUUGACGCGUACUCGAAGUGCGGGAAUAUAGCCAAUGCAUUCAACCUAUUUCAAAUCAGCCCUAACAAGGACAUUGUCACAUUCACUGCCAUGAUAGGAGGUUAUGCAAUGCAUGGAAUGGCAGAAGAGGCAGUAGAGCUGUUUUCUGAUAUGCUUACACUUGGCAUCAAACCAGACCAUGUAGUUCUAACUGCUCUGCUGUCAGCCUGCAGUCAUGCUGGGCUUGUUGACGCAGGAAUCAAGAUUUUCAAGUUUGCCAGAGAGACUUACAGAGUUGAGCCGACAGCAGAGAACUACACAUGCAUGGUUGAUCUUCUUGCCCGUGGUGGGCGUCUCCAAGAUGCAUACAGUUUUGCGUUGGAUAUUCCCUCUCACUUGGCCAAUGCCAAUGCAUGGGGCUCUCUGCUAGGUGCGUGCAAUGUCCAUGGAGAGGUCAGAAUCGGCCAGCUCGCAGCUGAUCAGUUGUUCGCCAUGGAGGGUGGGGACAUGGGGAACUAUAUUAGCGUUUCAAACAUCUAUGCAGCUGAUGAGAAAUGGGGCGGUGUUGAGUAUGUCAGGAAACUGUUGACGUCCAAGGAUAUGAAGAAACCUGCAGGAUGCAGCCAGGCACUUGUACAUAGUCUGCAAUGUUAAACACAAAGAUUUGAGGUAAAUAAGUAACAUGCUGCCAUCCACCGGAUCACAGCAUGCAUCUUGUAACUGAAGCAGGAGGCAAUUAAAUUAUGUGCUAUCUCCAUUGGAACUCUCUUUUUGGUUUUCUACAAAACCAGGUUUACUCUGGAAGUCUAGGUAACAGUUUCUGGCAUCAGGAAUGUCAGCAAUGUCAUCUAUUUGAGCAACUCUGAUUAGAGCUCUGCUUAACGGUGUUAGUCUGGCUGGUGAAACACCACAAGCAGAAGGAAUCAGAGUACAUCAUCGUCAGGUGGCUGAAGAAAAGAGACAGAUUAACAUACACUCGCUGCAAGGCAGGUGCAGCCCGGCCUGGAUCGGCCAGCCUGAACUGCCCGGCCCAGAACACCUAGGCCCAGCAGGCUGAACGGGAACGGGCCCUCGAGGAAAUAGUAGAAAACUUGGCCUUGCGGGUAACGGAAACGGAGACCGAGUCCAGCACGAACUUUACCUCACGAACGCUGCUGGCACGCGCUUUUUAUGCCCACCGUCCGUGUCGGAAGACGCCACCUACCUACCAGCCUACGACGGCCAUAUAAUAAGGGCCUUCGCCUCCUACCCACGAAUUUGUUCCCCUUCGCGACCGCGCGGACAGACAGAGAAAAAGGAAGAGUCUCGCACGCUUGCUCGCCGGAAUCCUCCCCCCGACCACACCGCCGCCGCCGCAGCAGUUGAUGGAUUUCGGAAGAACCGCCGCAAAAACCAGCAAGAACGAAUUGAAGAGCAGUGCCUCCCUACGCCCCUCCGGCCUGCCCUUUCCAGCGACCCCCUCCACGCCGUGGUUCCGGGAGCUGUGGGUCAACGCCUCAAAAUAACAGGCUCUGCAGAGGUUUGGAGCAAUUCUUGAUUGAUUCAAGGAAGUAAAGCAAAGGCAACCCAGCAUCCUUUCGACGAGCAUUGGGGUCUUAUCUAUUUUUGAGCUAAAAUAAGACCAUUAGAAGAAGGCUGUGAACUGUAAACAUGCAUAGGCAGAAGAUGUCCAAUUCUGGGUGGGCUGCUUUCGAUCGCAAGUUGCGCAGCACAGCUGAUGGAGGGGAAGAUGUUGAUGCCAACAAAUUUCCUGCUCUCUCGGGUUCGAGGGGCUCCAGUUUGGCUAGCAGCUCAGUUGCAGAAAGUAAUAAUAUGCCAAAGGCAAAACCUUUUGCAUCAGUGAUUCGCCCCCCUGUUGAAUGUGCAGCUGUUAGUAAUGACAAGAGAAAUAAGCAUUUGAUGGACCACACACAGAAAACAAACUUUGGUGUAAACUCUGCAUCUGACAAUAUUAAGCUCCUGAAGGAUGCUCAUAGUUGGGCCGACAGUAAUUUAAUUGAGGAUGUAUUGGCCGGUGUGAAUAAUGAUGUAGGCCAAGCAUCUGUUUUGUUGAAAGCUAUGGUCUCUCCUGAUUUGUUACCAGAAGAGGGUAGAACAACUUGUCAGCCUGCUUUUGAGAUGAAUAAAGCACACGGUUUAGCGUCGGAAAAUGCUACAGCGGGGAGUAAAUAUCCAAAUGAAUCAAAGUUGUUACCAAUGCAAAAUUUUGUCCCUAUACCCCUGGAACCUGAAUUGGAAGAGUUUGAUGAUGAUUACUUAAACCACCGGAAAGAUGCACUGAAGAUUAUGAGGGCUGCCACAAGGCAUUCUCAGGCUGCCAGUAAUGCAUUUCUGAGAGGUGAUCAUGCUGCUGCCAAGGAGCUCUCCCUCCAAGCUCAAGAAGAGCGGUCCGCUGCUGAGAAGUUAAAUAAUAAGGCAGCAGAAGAAAUAUUUCACCUCAGGAACAGAAACAACGGGAUCUGGAAGAUUGACAUGCAUGGUCUACAUGCAUCAGAGGCUGUAGCUGCAUUGGAGAGGCAUCUGCACAUGUUAGAGUUCCAGCCACCAGGAAAUAGUCCAUCUUCAACUGAUGAAUUUGAUAAGUCAGAACCCACAAUUGCUGGCUCAGAUGAGGUUCCUGCAGAUAAGGUGGUGGUGCUUCUUCGUCCUAGACAGUCUGUGUUAGAGGUGAUCACAGGGAUUGGCAAGCACAGCAAAGGACAGGCUUCACUGCCUGCCGCAGUUAGGGGCUUCCUUAUUGAAAAUGGGUAUCGAUUUGAUGAGCUGAGGCCUGGUGUCUUCAAUGUUCGUCCUAAAUUCCGCCGCCGCUGAACCCUGGGAAGACUGAACCAUUAUAUCAAGUUGUAUUAGUUCGGCAAAUAAAUAUCUGUGAAAUAUGCUGCCAGCAAAACAAAAUAAUAGAGAUUUGGCUAUUCAUUGUUCAUGUAUCUUGCAUGUAACAAAUUUAUACAGCUGUUAAUAUUAUGUUGUAGCCACCUAAUGAGAGAUGCAAACUGUACAUAAUGACAAUAUGGUCACGUUGUAAUAUAUUUUGCUUAGUGCUGGAACAUGAUUUGUGGUUCUCUAUGGUA